UGUACAGUAGCGGUGAUGCUGGCAGCCCGAUAAAAAUUACUAUUGCACCCGGAGCGAGAGCGAUUUUGAAACGCAUGCGUCUCCCGACGUGGCCGCCAAUGACGAUGAACCACCCCUCGUGCUGGAAAUUCCCCGGACAGGUGAAAAAAUGGGCGUGGUGCACGCGGACUCUGCUGGGCUCAUUUUCUUCUUUUCUUUUUCCACUGCUCUCGCUUCCGGCGGCGUGUUGGCCGCAGGCCAGAAUUAUCUCCAGCAAAUACGCAGUGGCUGUUGUAUUAUGGUGAAAGAGGCAGAGGGUUGCUUUCGCACGCCCAAGUUCGGAGUUUGCCUCAGCUGCACAAACCCCACUGUGUGCCGAGCGAGAGCAACCAACUUUGCCCUUUUGUUGAAAUAUUGCUUUGGCCGGCUGCGUGCCUUGCGGUGGAAAAAGAAAAUUAGAAAAUCACAGGAAAAAAAAAACAAAAUUCCGCAGAGGGCAAUUUCAAAACUCUUCAAAUUUAUGUUAUUAUUAUUAUUAUUUUUCAUUGUUUAUCCUUCUUGGGAAAGGUACCAGCCUUUGAAUAAAAAAAAAUUUAUUGAGUUUAAAAAUAAUAAAUAAUUUUUGUUUUCCAUAAAAAACGUUUUGCACUUCCCCGCUGACUAAAUUUACUUAAAUAAUAAAAUUGACUUCAAGGGACUUCAAGGUUUGAAAUUUUUGAAUUGUCCUCGGCCCAAAUGCUCCCAAAUUGCCACGGAACGUUUUCGUGGGAAACUAAAACAGCGAUAAAUUCCGUUUCCUGAUUCCACUCCCGGUUUCGUAAAACACUACCGACGGCAGCCGCACAGGCAGUUUUUGUGCGCUGCGUAGUCUGAUAACUUCCACAUUGGCGGUCAAAUACACCCAAAGUUCCGAGCACCACACUCAUUUUCCGCUCCGAGCUGAUAUCACGGCUCGCUCGCGCACUCCACGACUCAUUCUUUAAUACUGCCACGCCAGGCCGCGGCCAGGAAAGAAGUAGUGCAGACUAGAUGCGUUUUCAGUGUUGGGAAAGUCAUGCAAGGACCAGACAAAGUGAUUUUUCCGUUCGAGUGAGUCUCGGAGAGCACUUGGUGGGCGGUCCCGAAUGAUGUUAGUUGGCAAGACGCACGAUGAUAAGGUUUCAACUGCACCCGCCGAAAAGAUUUACUAGGUAUGGUCGCGUCCAGAGCGUCAAACUGUUGCCCCCGAGAUCUGGGGCCAACGCGUCGUCCCCCGCAGCCGCGGUCGAGGAGGGCGCCGGAGGCCUGUGCGCGGCGGUCGCCUUCAUGGACAUCAAGUCGGCGUCCAAGGCGCACACCGCUGAACACAAGCUGGACGAGCGAUGUCUCACCACCGAGUACUAUGAGCCGCCGACGGCGCCCGCCGCCAUCUUGCACAUCCACGAGCGAGACGACGGUCUGCUGAGGGGCUCGGCGCCGGUGAGCGGCCCCGGAGCCACCGGCGCCGCUCCCGGGGGCAGCAACUACCCGCCCCGCUCGCCUCGCUAUCCGCACGGGCUGCCUGUGGAGGAUUCUUUUGAGCGCUCUAGUCAUUUUUAUCGGGGUUCUGGUAGCGGGGGUGGAGCCCCCGACCCUGAGUACCUGAGAAGAUCAUCCUACCACGCUGAUGGACUGAGAGGUAGAACUCGGGACAGGCCGUACAGAAACGGAAUCUACCCAUCACACAACGAAAGUGGAGGCCGCAGCUCUCACCCCCAACAGCACCGAGGGAGCAGCGGCGGUGGCAGUAGCUCUUGGAACUACGACGGCGGCGGUGGAACGAGGUACGCCACCCCACCGGACCCCAAUUUCCCUGAGGAAGGCCCGGCAAGACCAAAUCCUGCAGCGCCUUCUUCGCCCGUUCAAUCCACCCCUUCAGGUGCCACCACCCCAUCCUCUCACAUCAAUUCUACCUCUGGCCGUGGCAGCAAGGGCAAACGCUCAAAGCACAAACGUCUUUCUAAGACCAGCAUAGCUGCGGCAGGCAGUGGAUCCGACUCGGAUGCUCACAGCAGUGGCCGGGGUUCUCGUUCCCGUUCCUCGAGUCACUCCAGCUGUAGCUCAAGUCACUCCAACGCCUCCUCCUCCUCAAGUUCGGCGUCAUCUCGGUCCCCUAGUUCCAGCAAGUCUUGUUCUCCUGGUAGCCGAUCACACCCUAGGUUCCUACAGUCUUCGGUCUCACACCACAACAGUGUCUCUUCACAUUCGUCCACUUACGCAGACGACCGCCGGCCACUGGCCAUCUGCGUGAGGAACUUACCAUCUAGGUCUAGUGAUACUAGUUUAAAAGACGGUUUAUACCAUGAGUACAAGAAGCAUGGGAAGGUGACCUGGGUCAAGGUAGUUGGCCAAGGUGGUGACCGUUACGCUUUGGUGUGUUUCAAAAAGCCUGAGGAUGUAGAAAAGGCGUUAGAAGUGUCGCAAGACAAGCUAUUUUUUGGAUGCAAGAUCGACGUGGCGCCUUACGAGGGGUUCGAUGUGGACGACAAUGACUUCAGACCAUACGAAGCCGAGCUCGAUGAGUUUCACCCAAAAGCAACAAGGACCUUGUUCAUUGGCAACCUGGAGAAAGACAUCACUGCUUCAGAAAUCCGGAAACACUUUGAUCAAUUUGGUGAAAUUAUCGAGAUUGAUGUGAAGAAACAAGGCGCCGCCGCAUCCUACGCCUUUUGCCAGUACGCAGACAUCGGCUCUGUCGUCAAGGCGAUGAGGAACAUGGAUGGAGAACACAUCGGCAACAACCGAAUAAAACUGGGCUUUGGAAAAUCAAUGCCCACAAACUGUGUCUGGGUAGAUGGCAUCUCAGCAGAGACAGUGUCCGAAAAGUACCUGAAUAUGCAGUUCCAUCAAUAUGGCCCAAUUGCUCAAAUAGCAUUGGAUAGAGAUAGGGGACAUGCCUUGGUGUUCUUUGAACAGCUCAGUUGUGCUCAAAUGGCCGUGAAGGAUAUGCGGGGGACAGCGCUGAGGGGGCGAAAGUUGCAAAUUGACUUUGCAUCCAGGGAAUGCCAGGAAGCAUUCUACAGCCACCUCGAGAAAUCCGGUGGAACAGCUGAAAGGCCGUGGGACAGAAGAUCCUCCACCACUUCUGAACCUGCAUUCGAAACAAGAGAGGUGCCUGCCCCCAGAGUGACUCGUUACGAAAGUGGCAGCAACUCCAGCACAAGAUCAACCCCAAGAGUCCAGCCGCAGCACAGAGGCACCACCCCUGCCAUUCCAGCAACCCCAUCGCGGUCGUCGUCUGGCAGAAGUGGACGAUCUCAGAGUGGACGAUUUGAGUACUUUGAUGAAAUGCGCUUCAGAGCUGCCGAGGGAACCCAUCCGCCCGCUGGCGCUCAUGAUGACAGUUACGAACAAGAAUUGCGGGACUACGGCUACUCUCAACGCGAGAGACGUGAUUUUGAUGGUGAUCCGAGUCAAAACGCUUCGCCUUCUGCCUUCGACGACGAGCCGGGCUCCACGGCCACAGGCUCGAUCGUAGCCCGGCGGAGCAGCAGGCAGAAGAGCACUGCCAGCGAGCCGGCAGAUCCCAGCCAGUCUCCUCCUCUCCGGCACACUAGUCCAUCAGGCCGGGGAGACAAACUAGGAGGCCGAUUUGGCAACAGCAGGAUCCACUCGCUGUCGCCGAGCCCCUUGAGAGACCACUCGCCCGACAAAGAGGCGGGCAGUGAGAAAGACUCUGUCAGUGGUAGUGUUAAUAAAUCAUGUGAUCUCAGAGACCCUAGAAUUGAAGAUAGGUUAAAAGCAACAACAAGUGGUAAUAUUAGUGAGAUAGAAAGGACUACACGCAGCGGUGGCAGCAGGUACAAUGACAAAAGCGGUGAUUCGUUGGCCUUGCCCCCACCGAGUGCGCCCGACAGUGAAAUCAAACACCUAGAGAAGGAGCGGGUCCACAUCCAACUGCUCCUAGGGCAGCUCGAGCCGCACAGCUCGGGGGAUGAGGCAAGUGCCGUGAAGCGCCUCAAGAUCAACAAGCCACCGGUGGACAUGAUGGAGAAACUGCGCAAGGUCGCUGCCGAACCCCGAAGACUGUCAGACCUGAAGGGGCGGCGCAUCUCUACGGAGGGCUUCUUCAAGGAGCACCACAGUCACGGCCCGCACUACAAUAUUCCAAAACGACGUAAGACUGAGAGUUCCUCUGAGAACGACUACAGUGGACACCACCACCACCAUCAUCAUCACCAUCACCGAGACUCAUCUGACAGCAGCCGGCCGGGCACGCCCCUCUGCGACGAGCGACCAACCGACCCGCGUAAGCCACGCGAGCGCUGCCUUGACGUCAUGAGCCUCCCGCUGCCCAGGUUUGCGCACCAGGUGUUGUCACCACGCACCUCCAGCACCGGCAAGACCAUUUACACCAUCAAGUCUCCACCGCCGGCGUGCAUCCAUCCGAACAAGCACAGAGACUCAACCUCCUCGGUCACGUCCACCUCCUCGGCCAAAUUGGUUGAGGAAAGGCGCCCGUCUGCCUCGUCAGACACUCCUGCUCCAGUGCUGGGCGAGGUCAGCAGUCCCAGCAUGGUCCCCUCCUCGCCCAGACAGGAGGAGUCGUCCGACUCGGACGAAGAUUCAGCCCGAGUUUCACCAACUCUGGAGGAGCGAAUACGGAUGCUGGACGAGAAGUACGAAAAGUGGUCAGGGACGCGGACCCUGACGGCUACAACGGCGACGGCGGAAACUCUGCAGAAAAUCGAUAACGAGAAACUGAAGCUUCGAACCAAGCUGCCUGAUCUCAAUGAAAUCGGCAGCCGCCCCUCGGAAAUCGUCAAGUCGCUGCUGGCCAAGCGCAGUGUCUUUGACGAAGACUCCAAACGUCUCGAGAACUACAACGAAAAGUACGAGCCUAAGGAGUUCCCUGCCGCGUCGCCCUCCUGGACCACCAAGGGGCUGACCACCAAGUUUCAGACUUUGAAGACUGAGGCGAAGGACGUUCUGCCCUGGAACAACAAGCCUGCCACUCAGGUGCCGGCGGCGCUGACCAGUCCGGUGACCUCACCCAAGUCCAUCCUUCGGGGGGCACCGUUGACCCCGACGACGCCCACGGCCCCUGUUCCAGCAGUUAAAGCAGUUCCUCCGCCUGUCAAGCUGACACCAAAGACAAGCGUAGCUUCUCCUGUAGUGACGUCGCCGCGGCCCCUGCCGUCAACGCCGUCCAACUUGGCGAUGUUGCCCUCUGUAUCGUCGCCAAAGGGGCUGCAGUACCCCUUCCCAAGUCAUCCGCCGGUGCCGACGACCCCACCGCCGCCGCUUCAGCAGCCGCUGAGUUUGGCUUCUUCUGCGGCGCCGCCGGCCGCGACCACCGCGAGCUGCACAGCGUCGUCCUCGACGGCUGCCGUUUCCUUGGUGACUGCCUCACAAUUGCUCACGUCCCCACCUGUGAGGAACAGUCUGACCACUUGCCAGCCCCCUCUCUCCAGCCCAGUACAAUCCGCCAGUCCCGCGGUCAGCAUCGUGGCGGCCACAGAGCUGACGGCCACGGCCGCGGACUGGUCCUCAAGACUUGAAGUCAGCAGUGGUAAGGACACAGCCGGCAGCAACAACAACAUUCCGCAGAGAUCAUCUCCGAGUAGUACGUACCUGCCAACACCGCCACCCUCUGUGUGUAGUUCACCCUCAGUUUCCUCUGUCUCAAGCAUAGCAACGACUUCAGCCAAAAGCAGCCCACCCCCAUUGUCAGAUGGGAGUCAGGUCUCACCAGAUGUGCGUGCGGUUUCUCCACCUCCACGCAUACCUUCACCUCCUAUACAAUCAGCGCCGCAACCAACCCUACCAAUGGUUGUAGACACCACCCUGAGCUCCUCUCUGCCUGGUCUCGAAAAAGAACCCUCCAUAUCACCUGCUCGCACCUCUCCCGAGCCUGACGUGGUUCCUGAGCCAGCAAUUAAGCAGCAGCAGAUCAGCAGCAAACCUGUGCCAAAGAAAGAGAACUGCAUUGCCGUCAGCAAGGAGAGUAGCAAGGAGAGCAGUAGCAGCAGCAAGUCGAAGUCUUCAUCGAGCAGUACCUCUUCGACGAGCAGCAGCAGCAGCGCCAAGAGCGACAAAGACAAAGAACAUGCAAGCAGGCACAGCAGAAAAGAGCACACCUCCAAGAAGGAAGGCAGCAGCACUUCGUCCUCCUCGCACAAACACAAGCACUCCUCCGACCACAAGAAGGAGACCCCCAGCAAGGAGACGCUGGAACGGAAGGACAGCUCCGAAGGCGAGAAGAAAAAGGACAAGAGAGACAGUAGCAAAGAACCAAACAAGUCUGCAAACAAGUCACUCAAUGUGCCUGCUGCUGUGGGCAACAAGAGGCGCGUCAGCUCUCAGGACAGUCUGGAAAGCAACACCAGUAGCACCCAGAGGUCCUCGACCACCAGCAAAGAAGCGUCACUGGAGCCUGAGGUCAAGAAACCAAAGCUUUCUCCCACUUUAGACAGCAGCAAGUCAUCAAAAAAGAUUUUUGAUCGAAGAGAAUCCAAGGAUUCUAGAGAAUCAAAGGAAUCGAGGGAAUCCAAGGACUCGAGAGAAUCUAAAGACUCGAGAGAAUCUAAAGACUCCAGGGAAUCUAAAGAGCCCAGAGAGUCAAAGGACUCUUCCAAAGAUGCUAUAAAGGAUGCUACCAAAAAAAUGGAGGUUAAGAAGGUGGACGAAAAGCAGAGAGUGGAUGACAAACAAAGAGUAGAGAAAAGGCACGAGCGUAAAUCGGAGGAAAAGAAACACGAGUCCAAGAGCAGCAGCAGCAGUAGCAGCCGAAGCCAAGAGCACCGCUCUAAGGACCAUGAAAAACUGAAAAAGAAGUCCAAGGUGGACAAAGAACCAUUGCGCGAGUCUUCUUCCGCCAAGAAAGAUGAAAAACCACCAAGUUUGCCAAAACCCAAAGAGGAGGAACGUGAAAACGAGGAGGAUGCAAAUCACCGGUACAAACCAAAGAAAGACUCGAAAGACAAGGAGCGAAAACACCACAGCUCCGAGUCUUCUUCCAAAAAGGAAAAGAAACUGGAAAAGCGCAAGGAGGAAGAGACGCCAAAGCCUAUGAAAAAGAAGGACAAGCCGAGAAAACUCGAUUCUGACAGUGAGUCCGAGUUCACUGACGGAGGUCGCCCGAAACAACACUCGAUCUUUGACAUUGUGGACGAGGGGCCUGUUUACAUUUCCAUGUAUGACAAAGUCAAAGCACGCUCUACCAAAAACAUGCAAAAACAGGAGGAGGAAAAGAGGCAAGAAAAGUUGAAAAAGAAGUUUGACCAGCUUAAGCAGUCAAGGGCCAAACGAGAGGAGAAAAAGAGAUCAACCUCGUGGGACGAGGACUCCGACUCGGACCUUGACCGUGAGAAGAAAAGGAGGUCGCACCAGAUGUUCAUGACCAGCUCAAGCGAGGAUGAGGGAAAGAUCAAGAGAAUUCCUCACAGUGACAUUUCUUCUGCCUCUGACGAUGGCGGACAAAAACUCAGGGAGAAAAGGCGCUCCCGAGCUGGUUCGGAAGAAAGUGACGAAGAGGGUCUUGCACGCAGCAAGUAUAUUCCUGGCUCAAGGAAGGCCUUCAAACCCAAAAUCACGUCUGACACUUCUGAUUUUGAGGAGAUGCAGCACCAAAAGCACGCAAGCAAGCCUCUGUCCUCUUUCAACAUUUACACAGAUAGUGAUAAUGAUGAUAUUAAACCAAAGUUGCCAUUCAUCAAGGCCAAGUCUAGGGAGCGAUUUGACACCUCUGAGGACGAAGCAAAGAUGGAGCGAAUCAGGAGAAAAAGUUCGGAGGGUGAAACUCCUGCCAAGGUGCACAAAAAGAAGCAGAAGAAGCUGUCCUCCAGCAAAAAGAAUUCCAUCAGCUCGGAACGCCUCUCUGAAUUGGACAUUGAUGAAGUUGAAGUGCGCCUGGAGCGUCUUGAUGAGAACAGAAUCAAAAUGGAAACAUCUCCCACCUCUCUUCUGGAUCAAAACAAGAAACACCAGUCAAAGAGGGAAAGGAAACGAUCGGGCCACAAGAGUACCGAAAAGAAGGAGCAAGUCAAGGAGGAGAGCAAAAGCAAAAAGAAAAAGAACAAGAAGGAGUCGCAGAUCAAAGAUUCUACCAAGAUGGAGGACAUUUUUGGCCCACUUUCGGACAACUCUGACGAAGAGACGCGCGUCUACUCCAAACCAAUCAAUAACAACGAACCUGCUAAGAAGCUCACAGUCUCACAGGUGUUCACUUCUGAUUCCGACUCAAAUGUGGAGAUCCCCGUUCCUCCGCCAUUGCCUCAGCCCAUUGUAAAAGCAGAGCCAAUUGUUGAGGUGCCGGUGAACCACGUUGAGGAGCGGCGUUACUCUGAGGAGAAAAAGAAAAAGAAGGACAAGAAGAGCAAGGACAAAAGGCGAGAAAAACAAAGAGAGGACUUUAAAAUUAAGGUCGAACCUAAUGACGAUUCCCUUGAGGAGGCUGGAAGGAGCCUAGAGUCAAAACUCAUGGAGGAGCUACCCGAGGAGCCCAAACCUGUGGAGCCUGACGUCUUCCGCUUCACCGACGACGAGAGCGUUGAGUCUGUUGGAAAAGUCAAAAAGAAAAAGAGGAAGAAGUCCAAGGACGAGAAGUCGAGGCACAGGGAUGAGCACAAAUCUUUCAAGUCAACCUCCGAGGAGAGACCAAAGAGCCCCAAAAAGAAGGAAAGCACCCCUCCUGAGGCGAGAAAGAUCACCAAGCACUUUCCUGAGGUUGAGGCCUUUGAUGAUCUCGCGUCGCCCACGCAAAAGAAGAAGCCGGAAAAGUUCAUCCCUGGUUUUGGUAAAGACGUGGACGAGAGCGUACACGAGGACGCGAUCAAAAGCAUUUCCAAGUUCGAGGAGGAUCACAAAGUUCCCGAGCCUGAAGAGCCUGUUCCUGUCGUUGUACCUCCACCACCACCUCCACCACCUGAGGAGCGAGAAGAAAAGCCGCGAACUGGCAUCUCUCAGGAGGAGACAGAAGAUGCAGUGGCCGCCCUGCUUGGCGAGACCUUCGACUUCCGACGGUUCAGCGACGAGGGCGAGCCUCCUAUCAUCGAGCCCAGCCCUCCAAUGCUCAACCAAGAGGACGUGGCUAACGAGGAGUCGCACUCCGAGAUCCAGCAGGCCGUUGAGAGUCUUAAAUGCGUCAUGCCAGGUCAGUUGACCCCGCCGAGCGACAAGGAUAAGUGGAAAUCGCCACCUGAGUCGGCCAAGAAGGACGAAGAGCGUCCAGAAACUCCUCAGUCUGAGCACGACUUGCAAAUCGACGAGGAGGCACACAGUGAGGAUGAGGAUGGCCUUCCCUACCCUGGCAACAGGUUUGACGAACCGCCCAAGACACCUGACAUUAACCUUCCUCCAAAGACACCGGACACAGCGCCGAGAACUCCUGACAUCGAUUUCUCGCGUCCGCCCAAGACACCUGAUUUUCCUGCCGCCUACUACCAGCAGCAGCAAGAGAAGGAAAGGCAGAAGGCGGUGCUCAACGACUUCAACAGCAAGCUGGCCGCCGAGGACGACUCGUCACUCAUGUCCCCAGACAUCAACAAGCAGAUCUCAGACAUUGUCGAUUCGAAAAUCUUGGACGACAAGUCUCAGUCGUCGCCUCCCAGGGAGGAAGAGCGCGCGUUCAGUGCUGUCACUGAGCAGAAGGAAAAGGAUGACGCGGCGGCGGCUGCGGCCGCUGCUGCGGCUGAGGAAAAGCAGAAACUGCCGGCCAUUGUGGUCGAGGAACCGCCCAAGACGCCUGUGGUUGAGAAGGAGCAGGCUGCGCCCAAAGAGGAAGUGCAACCGGUCAAAGUUGAGCAGCCUCUCAGGGUCACAACGCCAAUCGUCAAAAAGGUGGAUGUUCCUGUCAUUCGAGAUCUGGCCAGCCAAGUUUUGCCCAAACCAGAGCCACCUAAGGUUGAAAUCAAACCACCUGUUGUGGAAGAGCCUCCGAAGCCAAAAGAGCCUAGCAUUGAACGGGAAGUCACUCCAGCCCGCGAAGAGCCACCCAAGCCAGAGCAAGUCAUCACUCCUGAUGAAGUCAAGAGCGACGGCUCUGAACUUCUCUCUCCUGACUCCAAAAUGGGAUCCCCCUCAAACGACGAAAUCACCACCAGGUCGCGCCGUGGAGGCAGAAGCCGCCGCGGCAGCCGAGGAGGAAUUUCCACCAGAAGGUCUGCCAGAGGCAGUGGAAGCAGAAUUGCCAGGGACGGAAGUUCCGACAUUGUCGCCACACCAGAGUCGAAAGAAAAACAGGAAAGUCAGGCUGAAGAGUCCUCUGAAGAACACAAGGAGGAGGUCAAGGGCAGGAAGCCUCGCAAGGGGCGCAGGAAGAAGACUGAGAGUGAGUGCGAAGAAAAGGGCAAGCCGCGAACAGCCUCUGAGUGCACAGACGUGUAUGAAUUCCAUGAUUCGGACGACGAGGACUUCCAGUUCGAGUCCAAGAGCGUGUCUGGAUUGUCUCCAACCAAACCAGAAGAGAAGAUUCAUGAACCACCCCCACCACCACCACCUCCAGAGGUGGCAAUUCCAGCUGUGGUGGAGGAAAAGAUUGAAGAGAAUCUUGAUGAAAGUCACAUUGAUGACCACGGAGCGUCUGAAGAUGAAGGGAAACUUUUGCACCCACCCCUGUCAGGAAUGGCCAACGUCAGGUCACCACCUGCGACUAGAAAGUCACGCCGUCUUCUUGAGAAAGACACUAGUCGUAGCACAGUGGAUGAUGUCAUUGAAGAGGUAGUCAAAGGCAACUUCAAGGUGGAUGAUUUCAUUGAGAGUUCACCCAAGAAACCUGCAAGUCGCGGCAGAGAAGAGGAGGAAAGGAAGCCUCUUGGCAGAGCUGUCAGGGGCGGAUCAGUCAAACCAGACGAGGAGGAGGAAAAGGGGCCCGAAGAAAAACCAGUGGCCCUUUGCACGCCUUCCGUCGCGCCUCCGAAAAUGUCUCCACCGGUGCCUCAAAAGGUCAUUGAACUGGCCAAAGGAGCGGUCCAGCCCCAUCCAGCUCAUCUGCAUGUCAAAACUGGAGACCAGCCAGAGGAGCCAACCACCCUCAUCGACCCAGUCACAGGUCUACUCAUGCCAAUGCGCGAGUCCGAGGAAGGCCAGUACAUUCCUGUCACAACAUCGGCAGGUGUGCUCGUCAUCAACCCUGCAGACGCAAGAUUCGGCCGACAACCCCUGAGACUUCCGCCUGGGGUUCGUGCGCCUCUUGUAUCUGCUCCUCCUGCAGGUCCGCCUCCAAAUGUGCCAAAGCCUGCAGUGGUUCAACCACCUCAACAACAACAACAACAGGCUCCCUCCGCUCUGGUGACCAAAGUGCAACAGCCGCCUCCCGUUCCAAGUCCAAACAAGUCUCAGCCGAGUGCUGUAAUCGCUCCGCCUGCGCCUGCCGCAGCUCGAGUGACCAGUACCCCAUCCAGAAUUGUUACCCCUGCACAGCAAGCACCACCACCACUGAUAAGUCAGGGUGUGGUCAAGGUCAUGACUUCAGCCCCGCCACCAACCUCAACCAUUACUGUGGCAAAGGUGCAGCAGCCUCCAAUGGCUCAUCCUCAAUCAGCACCGCCAGUGGCAAGGGGCUACCCUCCAAGGUCAGAAGGGCCUACGGCUGCCUAUCCGCCGUGGCCUCCGACUUCCACUCCCGUUUCGGUGGUGCAGUCGGCUCCACCCCUGCCACACCCGUCUGUCAUCACAGCUGGGGCUCGAGGCGUCGAGUUGCCUCGACCUGCUCACAUGGGACCAGCAACUGUGCCCACGCCUCCUGCGGCUCACAUGACACCUGCACACAGCAGACUGGUCACUAUGGCCAGUUCACCUCCGGCCAGGAUGACUGUGACUGCCUCUCCACCAGUGCAAAGGUCACUGACCAUCACGCCGUCUUCAUCGCCAGGACUUUCGCACACAAAGGUGUCGCCGCUGCCGCCUGGACGUCAGCCAGUGGCUAAGCCAAUGCCUCCUCAGAUUCCCGUGGCCCAUUCAAGCAGUCACUUGACCUCAGUAUUGGAGCCUGUUUCGAAACCAAUGCCUGGAGUAGUGCCCUACCACCCUCAGCCUGCUCAUUCUGGCGCUUCACAGUUCCCUCCGGGCUAUCGUCAAGUUGAGCCCCUGAAGGUCAAACCAGAAAAGAAGCCUGACUCAAAAGACGAGCUUCCUCUGUCUAUGUUGCCACCACGGUUGCGGGUUGGUGCCGUUGCAAGAACUGCGGCCGCCCUGCCUGGCGCCAGUGGCCUGGCCACCGAACCACCCAAGGUGGACGUCAACAUGAGCGGCUGCAUUGUGGCCAACCAGCAGCAGCAGGUGCCGCCCGCAAGGAGCGGUAGCCGCGAGUCGCCGCUGUCCAGACCGCAUCUCACGCACGCCCAGGUGUUACAGGCAGGAAUGCCCAUCCCAGCCUACGAAGCGUCACUGCAACAACACGCCGUCGAGCCGCCAGUAACGGCCAGCGGAGGCUCAGCGGCCUCUGCUUAUUACGUGCCUCCGCCUUCUCUGCCCCCGCCCUCUCAUCACCUCACCUCCGGAGGACAGGUUAUUGAGAGGGUCCGGAACCGUCCAAGCGCCUGCGCCGCAGGAGCACGCCCGCUUUCGCCGCCUCCUGCCCACCAACAGGGUGAACAACAUGUGGCGUACGGUGGCAUCGCUCACCACCACCUGAGACCAGGGCCAAGUGCCCCGAGGGACCUUUACUUGGUGCAGCAGCACUUAUACCACCAGCAGCUCAUGAGGGCGCAGCAGGAGCACCUGCCGCAUCACUACCACCACCUGCCACCAGGUGCGGUGCGCUCUCCAGCAAUCCCAGGACUUGAGACUCAGAAGGCUGAUCAGCCAGAGGCCGGUGGCGAGGCCAUGGGGGUUCACAGUCCACCCUUGGAGCUCCGCCGGCCUGCCAGUCGCGGCGCCAGGCACGGCCCAGUGCCCCCGGCACACCUGUUGUCGCCACACGACCGCAGCACAGACUCGCCCCAAGUGGCCACCGUCUAUGGCGGCGCCCAGCGACUCAUCCACCACCAACACCUGGUUGACGAGCGCCUCGCCCCCAGAGGCCUGCCGCUGCCUGGACACCUGCACAACCAGCAGUAUGUUGUCUACGAGGACGAGUACAACAGGCAUGAGCCGCCUCCAGCGCACCACCGUUUGGCUGCGGCGGGGGCUGUCCACCCCAGGGUACACCCCAUUCCUGCCGCAGAGGCGCCGCCAACCCUGCCUCUGCUGCAGACGCCACUAAUGCCACCCUCGCAACCCCAGGAUGCGCUCUUGGACCGCUAUCCAAUUGUGUGGCAAGGCAUGCUGACCCUGAAGAAUGACUCAGCCUGCGUCCAGAUGCACUUUGUCCAUGGCAGCCGCUCAAUUGCUGAAGACUCCCUACCCAGAAAUGAGAAUGGUUCAGCUGCUCUGCUCAAGAUCGCUCAGAGGAUGAGACUCGAACCAAGUCAACUUGAAGGUGUCACCAGAAAAAUUCAGGCUGAGAAGGAGCACUGUGUGCUUCUGGCUCUGCCCUGUGGCUUGGACGAGCAUGACGUUCUACUGCAAAGCAGCAACCUGUAUACCGGAUUCCACAACUACCUAAUGCAGAAAUCAGCAGCGGGCAUUGUCAACACCCAGAGCAGGGAAAACCCGCAAGCAACUCACUCGUAUGUGGUCCACAUCUUUCCUGGCUGCAUGUACGCCGCUGACCAGCUUGGCCGCAUUGCGCCCGACCUCAUGACCCGAGUGAAGAACAUCUCGCACCUGCUGAUUGUCGUCGCCACCAACACGUAACUCUCGAGCAAAAGGAAAUCUUCCCAAUUUCAAAAACAGACAAACAUAGUCGAUCAAUGUACACUCUAAUUACACAUAAGAAUACGAGACUCAAUUAAUAUCGAUAUGCGCAGCUGGCUAAAUAUGUGGAUGGUAAUUAUCGCUGAUUGUAUUUCUGUUGUUCGAUGUUGAUGUUGGGUUUUCCGCCAUCGGAGAAACGUAAUAUAUAUUAAAAAAGAAAAAUAUUCACUUCAGAAAAAAGAAACUUUUGAAGUUGGGAGGGGAAAUCGAUUGUGAGAAGGAAGGAAUUAAGGGUGCGUAGCAUCUCGAGUAACCAGCCACUAACCCAGAGUGUAAAACUAAAGUAAAAACACAGAAGAAG